AUGACCGUGGACACAACACUCUUUUGCUUCGAGACAAACAGGGGCCCGAGGACACGGCAUGACCACGACGGGGAUCAUUGCCACCAUGCACGGAGGCAACAGGCCCGUAGCGGUUUGUUUCACCUCCCGCAUGGCCCACUGCGCACACCCAUCUUUAUGCCUGUUGCGACACAAGCCGCGCUAAAAGGCGUGACGGUGGAGCAGCUGGAGGAACUCGAUGUGGAGAUUAUUCUCGGAAACACGUAUCACUUGGGACUGCGGCCCGGGGAGGACGUUCUUAACGAGAUAACAAGGCUGAAGAAUCUCCAGGAGAGCGCUGCAAAAGGGAAUGAGGCGCAUGAAUCGCAGCCCUUGCGGAUACGAAACAACAUGGAUGGGAUUCAUUUCUUACAGGGAUGGCGACGGAAUAUUCUUACCGACAGCGGCGGAUUUCAGAUGGUGAGUUUGCUGCGGCUUGCCAAAAUUACCGAGGAGGGUGUGCGCUUUCAGUCCACUCACGGUGGUAAUGGCGGGGGCGUACAAAUGGUUCAAAACAACAAUAAUAACAAUACUAAUAACAGCGGUGACAACAAUAACAAUGUGGCUUUUAAUAGGACGGAAGAAUGCAUGGAGUACACACUGAUGUUGCGGCCAGAGGAUAGCAUUCGUAUUCAAAAUGCCAUUGGAGGUGAUAUCAUGAUGCAAUUGGAUGAUGUUGUGCAUGUUCUCACAACUGGGCCUCGUGUGGAAGAAGCCUCUAAGCGUACUGUGCGUUGGUUGGACCGAUGUCUUUCUGCCAACAUGAAUCCAGAUAAACAAGGUAUAUUUGGCAUUGUGCAGGGUGGUCUGGAUGCUACGCUACGGGCAGAGUGUAUUGCGGAAAUGGUCAAAAGGACCGCAUGUAAGGGAUAUGCCAUAGGGGGUUUAAGUGGUGGGGAGGCAAAGGACGACUUCUGGCGAGUCGUUGCCCAGUGCUGCAAGGGGCUGCCAUACGAUAAACCACGGUACUGCAUGGGUGUGGGGUAUCCAGAGGAUAUUAUUGUGUGUAUCGCACUCGGAGUAGACAUGUUUGAUUGCGUGUACGCUUGCCGUACGGCGCGUUUUGGCUCCGCGUUAACAUCCACGGGGAAGAUUCAACUCACAAAGAAGGCGUUUGCGAACGACAUGAGACCUCUGGAUCCCGCUUGCAACUGCAGGACCUGCAAUUCUUUCACCCGUGCGUACCUACACCUUAUCGCAACGAAGGAAUCUCUUGGUUCUACCCUUCUUUCCUACCACAAUCUGGCGUAUCUCAUAAACCUCACCCGCAGGGCAAGAGCGGCUAUCGAGGAUGGAAGCUUCACGGAGUACGUGCAAAAUUUCUUUGUGUCUUAUUACCCCAAGCGAAACUACCCUCAGUGGGCGGUGGAUGCACUGGACUCCGUGGGCAUUGAGCUUUUGUAG